AUGGAAGAGAAAGUAAUGAUAAAAGAAAAUUCUCAAACUACUCGAUGUAAAACUGAAAAAUUUUUACAAAUUAUUUCUGCUAUAAUUAUUCCAUUAGUUAUUGCUAUUGCAACAAUUGUAAUUACUGUUCAACAAAAUCGAUAUAAUCAAGCUACUCGUGAAAAUGAUCUUGAUAUAGCACAAAAACAACGUGAACAAGAUCUUUUAAUAGCUAAUCAAACACGUGAACAAGAUCGUGAAUUAAAUACACGUCAACGUCAACAAGAACAAAAUUUAGCUGAUCAACAACGACAAGAAACUUUACUUGAUAAUUAUAUACGUGAUACAUCACAAUUAAUUUUAUCUUUAAAUUUUACAUACACUUAUGAAAUUCGAGAAUAUAUUUUUCGGCCACAAGCAUUAGCUGUUCUAAGACAAUUAGAUGCUAAAAGAAAAACAAAUGUUAUUUUAUUUUUACUUGAAUCUGGAUUAUUAUCGAGCGGUGAAGAUCCAAUUAGUUUAGUUGGUGCUAAUUUAGAUGGAUUAAUUUUAGAUAUUGAAGAAGAUACUGCUUUUCAUCCUUAUCUAUUUGAUCUAGCAUUAUCAUACACUUCACUUGUUAAUGCAUCAUUUAAUAAUCGACAAUUACGUUAUGCUGAUUUUCGUUAUACACAAAUGCGAGGUGUUUCAUUCGAAGGCACAACACUUUUAUCUGCAGAUUUUUAUGCGGCUAAUUUACGUAAUGCAAAAUUUUCUAAUGCUAAUCUUCGUGGAGCUGAUUUUUCUUCCACUGAUUUAACUGGUUGUGAUUUAUCUGACAAACAAUUGUAUAACGAAAUUCUUACAUUAGAUGAUGCAAUUCUUCCAGAUGGAAAAACACUUGGUAAAGCUCCAAAUAUAAUUAUAAAUGGAGAUGCAGAACUUGGUUCAAUAUCUGGAUGGAAUUUAGAGAAUCGAAAUAAUAUUACGGCUGCUAAAUAUAAAAAUCAAACAAAUCAAGCAUAUGGUAAAUGGUAUUUUCAAGUUAAUGGUAAUACUACACAAUUAAAUAUGUGGCAACGAAUUGAUGUCAGUUCAUAUGCAAAUAUGGUAAGAUAUGGUGGAAUUCAGAUAGUUUUAUCAAUGGAAGCGUCACCAUCGGAUUCGACAUGUAAAAUGUAUGUAAAAACAUUUGAUAGUCAUAAUACAGAACUUCAAAAUGAAAUACAAAUUUUAACAAAAUUUGAAGUUGAAGGUGAUUUUUUAUAUACAUCAGGUGUUUUACCAUGCCGUCGUGAUACAAAGUUAAUUGACAUUGCAAUUCAGACUUUCGGUGCAAAAAUUAUUGAUAAUAUCCAUGUAUCAUUAAAACACAGCGGUUAUAGUAUUGGCUAA